CGCGACGCUCACGUGAUCGUCGGGGCGCAGAUGUGGGCACCAGUCUGGGAGCCCGCCCUCUUCCCCUGCGGUCGGAUCCGGAGCGGUCUGCAAGCUCCUAAUUGUUGCUCCAGGUUCUUUGAGGUCAGUGUGAGGGCCUUCGUCGCCUCCUGCGGAACCCUGGAAUGGGGGGUCUGCGUGUCCGUUCUCAGCACUCUGGAAGGCUAGAAAAGGAGGAGGAAUCUGUUCAGAAUCCCUGCAGGACAGGAGAAGGAGGGGGAAAUCUCAACAUGGAAAAACUCUGCAGUGAAAAUGAUGGAAUGACUGAGAACGAAGAAAAGAUGGAAUACAAAGAACAGUCACAAGAUGCGGGAAAGCCGGAAGUAGCCUGUACUAUGGAAAACAAGGAAAAGUUAGAAAAAGAGACAAUGACAGAAGAUGAGGAAAUACUAAAGGAUAAAGAAAAGCCAGAGAGUAUGACAAAGCCAAAAGAUGGAAACCCGGAGAGCGAGGGAGAGCGGGAGAGCGAGGAAGAGCCGGAGAGCGAGAGCGAGAGUGAGGGAGAGCCGGAGAGCGAGGCAGAGCCGGAGAGCGAGGCAGUGCCGGUGAGCGAGGGAAAGCCGGUGAGCGAGGCAGUGCCAGUGAUGGAGGCAAUGCCGGUGAGCCAGGGAACGCUGGUGAGCAAGGGAACGCCGGAGAGGGAGGCAGUGCCCGUGAUGGAGGCAAUGCCGGUGAGCGAGGGAAAGCCGGAGAGCGAGGCAGAGCCGGUGACGGAGGCAAUGGCGGUGAGCGAGGGAAAGCCGCAGAGCGAGGCAGAGCCGGUGACGGAGGCAAUGGCGGUGAGCGAGGGAAAGCCGCAGAGCGAGGCAGAGCCGGUGACGGAGGCAAUGGCGGUGAGCGAGGGAAAGCCGCAGAGCGAGGCAGAGCCGGUGACGGAGGCAAUGGCGGUGAGCGAGGGAAAGCCGCAGAGCGAGGCAGAGCCGGUGACGGAGGCAAUGGCGGUGAGCGAGGGAAAGCCGCAGAGCGAGGCAGAGCCGGUGACGGAGGCAAUGCCGGAGAGCGAGGCAAUGCCAGAGAGCGAUGCAGUGCCGGAGAGCGAGGCAGUGCCAGAGAGCGAGGCAGUGCGGGUGAUGGAGACAAUGCCGGAGAGCGAGGCAAUGCCGGAGAGCGAGGCAAUGCCCGUGAUGGAGGCAGUGCCCAUGAUGGAGGCAAUGCCGGUGAGCGAGGCAAUGCCGGAGAGGGAGAGAAAGCCGGAGAGCGAGGCAAUGCCGGUGAGCAAGGGAAAGCCAGAGAGGGAGGGAAAGCUGGAAAGCGAGGGAAAGCGAGUGAACGAGGGAAAGCCAGAAGAAGGAGGAAAACCAGUAAGCGAGGGAAAGUCACAUGAAGAAGGAAAACCAGUGGGUGAGGGAAAGCCAAAAGAAAAAGGAAAACCAGUGGGUGAGGGAAAGCCAAAAGAAGAAGGAAAACCGGUGAAUGAGGGAAAACCAAAAGAAGGAAAAUCAGUGAGUGAGGGAAAGCCCAAAGAAGAAGGAAAACCAGUGAAUGAGGGAAAGCCAGUGAAUGAGGAGAAGCCAAAAGAAGAAAAGCCAGCCAUGGAACCAAGGGUUGCAGGAAAGCGCCCAGCUGGGGAUGAUGUACCCAGGAAGGCUAAAAGAAAAACCAACAAGGGGCUGGCUCAGUGUCUCAAGGAAUAUAAGGAGGCCAUACACGAUAUGCAUUUGAGCAAUGAGGAGAUGAUAAGAGAAUUUGAUGAGAUGGCCCGGGUAGAGGAUGAGGUGAAGAAAACCAGACAGAAAUUGGGGGGGUUUAUGUGGAUGCAAAAAAGUUUACAGGACCCCUUCCACCCGAGGGGCCCAAGGGAACUCAGGGGUGGAUGCAGGGCCCCACAGAGGGGCUUUGAAGACAUUCCUUUUGUGUAGUGCCCCUGGCAGGCAUUUGCCUAGGCCUUGUGCUUUAACCUUAUACUAAUACUUGCUUUAGCUAUCUUGUACCUAACUGCAGCCUUCAAUGUUUCAGUAGCAGAUUUUUGUCCAUUGCAUGGAAAAAUGUUUAUGGCAUAUUGUAAAAUUAAAAAGAAAAAAGUUUGUUGAACCAUA